AUAGGAACAUAUCCUUCGUUCACCGGUAUCUGUUAUUAUAAGACGAUGAGAGCGUUGCGAGUUGCACUUCAUCUUCACGCUUCCUCAACUCGCGUUUUCUCCACGCGCCUUCAUUCUUCAUCACUCUUUCUUCACAGGACUAAUAUCUAUUUUUCACCGUCGUUGUUGGAUGCAAAUGUAAGCUUUAUCAAUACUGAUUAUGAUAACAACCGUCGAUUUAGAAGAACGAUAUGGACUUCUACUCCUGUUUGUAUGGGCAGACGUUCCUGCAAAAUUGCUGGUCGAAAGGAAGCCCAAAAUGCAAAGAAGAUGAAACUAUACAGUAGGAUCGGAAAGGAAGUUGUGUCUGCUGUAAAAAAAGGUGGUCCGAAUGCAUCAACAAAUUCAGCCUUGGCUGCUGUACUUGAGAAAGUAAAGGAGCUUGAUGUGCCUAGAGAUAUUGUCGAGCGCAACAUCAAGAAAGCAACUGAGAAGGGGCAAGAGGCUUAUAUCGAGAAAAUUUAUGAGGUUUAUGGUUAUGGAGGAGUUAGUAUGGUAGUUGAGGUAUCAACUGAUAAGAUAAAUCGUUCUGUGGCAAAGAUUAGAGAAGUGCUAAACAACUGUGGAGGAAAAAUGGCAGAUUCUGGGUCUGUGCUGUUUAAGUUUAGACGUGCUCGGGUAGUAAAUAUUAAAGUCAAUAAUACUGAUAAAGAUCAGCUGCUUGGCAUUGCUUUGGAUGCUGGAGCUGAGGAUGUAAUUGAUCCUCCAACAUAUGAAGAUGAUACUGAAGAGGAUAGGUCAGAAAGGUAUUAUAAAAUUGUUGGUUCUUCAGAGAACUAUUCAUCUAUACUAUCGAAGUUGCGAGAGGAGGGCAUAGACUUUGAGUCUGAUAAUGGUUCUGAGCUUCUUCCAAAUACCACAAUUGAGGUAGAUGAUGAGGCUAUGGACUUGAACAAGGAACUUAUGAGCAAAUUACUUGAGCUUGAUGAUGUUGAUGCUGUUUAUACAGACCAGAAAUAGUCAUUUUAUAUCUUUAAGAAGCUGGUUUGCAAACAAAUCAAGGGUAGCUGGAUGCAUGUUUUCCGGGAAGGGAAUUUCUUUUUGAAUUUUUGAUUCAUAAUUGAGGUUAUAUAAAUAAUUUGUUGUCUAAUAAAUGGAAUAUUGCUAGUUAAGGCAACAAGUCUCACACUAAUGAUUAGUAUUCAUAUCUGCAUGUCAACACUUAUGACUUUCUAUAUGUUUCAGUAUACGUGAACAGCCAAGAUAGGGGAUCCGUAUAUUUUUGCUAAUUUUAUACAUAUAUUUGUGAAUUUUACAUGAAUUAUAAUUUGAAAAUGCUUUAACGAAUUUAAAA